GGCUCCAUUUGACCAUGAUAUAUUUCUGAAGUAAAUACUUUGUUUCUUCCUCUUCCACGUGUCUGUGUGUCCAUGCAUGAAAACAUGGUACAGGACUGGAGGAAACUAAAUAAGAAACUACAGACAAGACUGGAGAGAAUCACAGUCAUUUUUAAAAUAACAUCAGCCUAGUUAUGCAGUAGUACAAUGCAGUGCAGAGAUUUGCAGUGGCAAUUUUUUUUUUUGUUUAAUUGAACCCAGCGAACUGGAUUAAUCACAACAAGUGAAUCAGUCUGGACAUUGUGGACAACCGGACUAAAGGAAUUAAAGGAAACCAGGAAGUGCAUGAGGAGAAACUGCAAUCCCUCAGAGAGGCAUGGAGUACGCAAGGGGUCAGCUGUCACCAGUGCCAAUGGUAACACCAAAGCAAUUUGGCAAUUCCGUGAAAUGAUCAAGUGUGUCCUUCCAGCCAGCUCCCCAAUUCUUGAAUUCAAUGACUACGGAUGCUAUUGUGGAUUUGGGGGUUCUGGCACCCCUGUUGAUCAGCUAGACAGAUGCUGCCAGACACACGACAGCUGUUAUAAACAAGCAAAAUCCCACUCGGCAUGCAUACCUGUGAUAGACAACCCAUACACAAACACCUACUCUUUCACCUGCUCUGGGGGCAAACUCACCUGUAACAGUGGAAAAGUGUGUGACCAGUUCAUCUGUGAGUGUGAUCGUAUAGCAUCAGUUUGCUUUGCUGGUGCACCCUACAACAAGGAAUACAAGAACCUUGACAAAAAUAAAUACUGCAAAUAGGAUGGCACUUCAACAAUCCUGAUCAUUGGUGGUGGUGGUGGUGUGGUCGUGGGUGUGUGUGUGUGUGGGGGGGGAUUAUAUCAGAAAAAUGCAAAAUAAAUACUGCAAAUAAUAAAUAUAUUUAAUAAAGAGAGGGAACAGACCCAUAAAUGCAACAAUCGUGAAUAUUAAAAAACUUUCUCUUUAAACCCCCAUGAAUUGCAUUAAAGCUGACAGAAGUGACAACCUGAAGAAGACAGAUUAGCAAGAUCAUUCUCUCCAGCAGUUAUAUUUUUCUCACAAAUGAAAAAAGAUACAGGUUUUAUAUGUUGUCUUCUUUACAUGAGAAAAGGUUUAAUUCUUAUACUUGUAAAAUGCCCACUGAGAUAUACGGAAAUACUAUUUAAUAUCAUUCUAAUAAAUCUACACACUAAUCUAGAAUAUUCUCACAGCAGACAACGUCAAUGGAAGAUGUCAAAAUGUUAAACGUGUUGCAAUGUGCUUUUAAAUUCAAAAGUGCAUAAAACACUGGAAUAACACACAGGGUAAUUGUAACAAUACUUUUUUUGGGGGGGACAAAUAGCAGGUGUUGAUA